CUGGUCCUGGGGCGCAUUUCCUUAAUAUAAACACCCCCUGAACCUUUUCACAUUAGGGGUGUUGACAUCUUUAAAGAAACGCCAAGUUUCCCGUGCGUCCGCUGAAUGUAACGACUGCCCAUGAAAUUCCUCCAAUGCGUCCCGGGGUGGUGGGGGGGAAAAUACCGAAAUGUGGUGGUGUUGCAGAUUCCGAGUGAGACCCUUUCCCCCAGGAGACAGCUUGAAGGAGCAUUGAGACUCCGCUGAAGGAUGGCGAGGCAGAGGGAUAGCUCCUGAGUCUCCUGGAUCCUCCGGAUACUUUGUGCUGCAUGGACCAGCCUGGCCCUUACCACAGCCAGCCGGGAUGGUGCUCCGUAGCCAGCCCAUCCUGCUCAGCCACCGCUCCCUGGGAGAGCCGGACAGCGGCGGCCAAUGGCAGGAGCUGUCCCUCGGCUCCUUCCCCGAGCUCCUCAACCUCACCAACUCCACCGACUGCGGCGAGGACAUCCUGCUGUACGGCGACGUGGAGAAAGUUAUCAUCGGCAUCGUGCUGUCCAUCAUCACCGUGUGGACCAUCGCCGGUAACUCGCUGGUCAUCAUCUCGGUCUGCAUCGUCAAGAAGCUGCGGCAGCCCUCCAACUACCUGGUGGUGUCCCUGGCUGCCGCUGACCUCUCGGUCGCCUUGGCUGUCAUGCCGUUCGUGAUCAUCACCGACUUGGUCGGCGGAGAGUGGCUCUUUGGGAAAGUUUUCUGCAACGUUUUCAUCGCCAUGGAUGUAAUGUGCUGCACAGCUUCGAUCAUGACCCUGUGUGUGAUCAGUGUGGACAGAUACUUGGGAAUAACACGCCCUUUGACAUACCCAGUGAGACAGAACGGAAGAUCAAUGGCCAAGAUGGUGAUCACCGUUUGGCUCCUUUCAGCAUCCAUAACCCUCCCGCCAUUGUUUGGUUGGGCUAAAAAUGUCACGGUGGACCGGAUGUGUCUCAUCAGCCAAGACUUUGGGUACACUGUCUACUCCACGGGAGUAGCUUUUUAUAUUCCCAUGACGGUCAUGCUGAUUAUGUAUUACCGGAUAUACAAAGCUGCUAAAGUAAGUGCGGAAAAGCACAAGUUCAUGAGUAUUCCCCGUCAAUACGAACAGGAUGGAGUCUACAACAUGGAGGAGGACAUUCGAGCCCACCAUGCCACCAAGAGGUUCAAGGCUGCAGAGGAGUGUGCCACCUUAUCUAAGCUCCUCAGGCAUGAUCGCAAGAACAUUUCUAUCUUCAAGAGGGAGCAGAAGGCUGCCCGGACCCUGGGGAUCAUUGUUGGAGCCUUCACCUUCUGCUGGCUGCCUUUUUUCCUGCUCUCUGCUGCCCGGCCCUUCAUUUGCGGGAUCGAAUGCAGUUGCAUGCCGCUGAGGUUGGAGAGAACGUUGCUGUGGUUGGGAUACACCAACUCCCUCAUCAACCCACUCAUCUACGCCUUUUUCAACCGAGACCUGAGGACUACUUUCUGGAGCCUGCUGCGUUGCAAGUACAGAAACAUCAACAGGAGGCUUUCAGCUGCGAGCAUGCAUGAGGCACUCAAGGCCACUGAGAGACAUGAUUGCAUAUUGUAACUUCAACCCCAACCAUUGCACUGUAGGAAAAUAGUAGCCAGCCCAAGAAGGAGCAUGCUUGAGAGCAAAAUCAGGACCAGGUAUCCCUCCGGGAGACAUUACAAAAUAUUUGAUUCCCCUAUUGAGGCAGACACGUGCAGAAUGAAACUGUGUUCAUUGCUGUUAGUCCUCCAAGCAAUGCCAGGCUUCGAGAGAGCCGAGGCAAAUCUUUUCGCGUCAAAAAUCUGGCCAAGUGAGUGGAACUGAGCGGCAGACAAGAAAGCGUAAUUGCAUCAAGACGGCAUCUGAGGAUUGGGGGAGGGGAAAUGCCACCAGGAUUCUAAGGCGAGGGUCUGAAAAUGUGGAGCUCAAAACCAGCGACCGAGUGAAUCAGCCAAUUGUUUAGAACACCGUGCAAAAAAAUGGAAUCGUUCUGAACUGCUAACAAAUUAUCAUGAUUGUUGACUUUUAAAGAAUGUGAGACUGAAUGAUAGAGAAAAACGAUACAGGAAAAUGGCUUAGAAAGCAACUGAAAUCAGGAGAGCAACACGAAGAUCUGACUGCUGAACUAAGCUGAUAGUUUUCUUUUUGGGGACUUUGUAAUGUUCUAAAAUACAAAACCAGGAUGCCUUGUAUUAAAUAAACAUAGAUUUAUUUAUGAAAAGUGAUCAAAACCACAGAAGUUAGAGUAUAGCCUUAUGGACAAAUUCAUUGUCUUCAAAGGUGUUAGGGUCUUGGACUGGGAUGCCAUUGAAUAUUUGCUAUUGAACAAACUGAUGCUAGCAUCUACUUUUGUUUUGCUAUUCACAGUCACAAAAUGAUGACCAGUAUGUCAAGACAAUGUAUACUUUGUUGCGCUUUUUUAAUGUUUGGACACAGAAGUGUUGGAUGCCAUAAGAGCAUACACUGUGCUGUCAGAUCCUUGCUAAAGCUUUGGCCGCUGUUAAUACAUCACAAGGCUUUAGGAAACAUUGCAUGAGCGUAGGAUUAGAAACUAAUUGACACUGUCCAUUGGACGGGAAAGAUGAACAUUCACAUAGUACCUUUCAUAACUUCAGGAUGUCCCAACAUGCUUUACUGCCCGUCAUGUACUUUUUAUUUUAAAGUGGAGACAGUGUUGUAAUGCAGAAGUGUGGCAGCCAAAUUGCUGUGUAAACAUUAUAAAGGCCACAUGUUUAUUUUCAUUAUAGUAAUGCUGGUUGAGGGAGCAAUAUUGGACAGGACUUGAGAUCAGUCCUGUGUUUUGCCAGAAUUGAUUGACCUUGAGAUCUUUCAUGUGCACCUGAGAAGCCAGCCAGCCAGCCUAUCGGUUUAUUGGGCCAUCUGAAAGAUGUAAUCUCUUAUAGUGUGGCACUCCCUCAGUAAUGCACUGGAGUGCUCCAGCCAUUGAGUUAGGGCUUUAAGUAACCAACCUUCUGAAUUGGAUGCAACUGUAGUACCCACUAGCUGCAUCUUACUAGCUGAGCAAUAGUAAAACAUGCAUUGAACAGCUGACUUUGGUUCCAGAAUCCCUGUCAGACAGGUUGAUGUUGUGUUCCACUAUUGUAAAAACUUGUACAAUUCAUUUCUCAAUAAAACCAUGAAGAGAAUCUUGAACAGAACCCCUUGCUGUUCAGUGGUUCAGCUGAAGCUUUUG